AUGAACUUCCUCCACAGUACUCUCGAUAGACUUCGAGAAUUUACACCCGUUUCUAAUACUUCAACCUUUCGCACCAAUGGACAGAUCACACCAGAAGAAUUCGUAGCAGCUGGAGAUUACUUAGUGUUCAAGUUUCCAACAUGGUCAUGGGCUGAUGCAUCCCCAACAAGCAAGCGCGCCAACUAUCUACCAGCUGGCAAGCAGUUUCUAGUUACCCGUGGCGUGCCAUGCCAUCGCAGACUCGAUGAUGAUUUUGCAGGUGACGCAGGUCAUGAUGAAACUGUCGUUAGAGAUGGGGAGGAUUUCAGAGGCGAUGGUCCUCAUUCUCCAGGCGACGAUGAAGAUGGUUGGCUGAGGACUGGAGGGUUGGCCGCCAGUCAAGAAGCCCGUGUAAGAGAUGUGCGAACAGUAGACGAGAGCGGUGAAAUGGGCGAGAGAGAAGAUGAUGAGGAUGAUAUUCCAGAUAUGGAGGAUGACGAUGAUGACGAUGAAGCUAUUAUUCGUGAUCCUAAGGCUGACGAUGCGAGUUCAUCUCGUCGAACAUAUACUAUCUACAUCGCAUACACGCCUUAUUACAGAACUCCUCGACUAUACCUCUCAGGAUAUCUCUCAAGCUCCCAACCGCUUCCACCACACCUUAUGAUGGAGGAUAUCGUAGGGGACUACAAGGACAAGACCGUCACGUUGGAAGACUUCCCAUACUUUAGCAAUAACAUCAAGAUGGCAUCCAUCCAUCCUUGCAAACAUGCCAGUGUCAUGAAGACCCUUCUGGAUCGUGCAGACGCGGCCUUAAAGCUUCGACGAGAGAAACAAAGAAAAGGCAAGACAGUACCUGGUUCUAAAGAUACCGGAAUGGAGGGCCUAGUCGACGAUUUCGAGAAGACCAAAAUUGGUGAUAAGAAGGCUGUUCUCGAAGGUCUCAAAGCUGGUGGGAAUGGCAACGAUGAGUGGGAGGUAUUGCAACAUGAUCAAGAUUUUGCCAAUGAGGAGGAAGAAGUUGCUAUCCGUGUGGACCAAUAUCUCGUUGUAUUCUUGAAGUUCAUGGCAAGUGUGACGCCGGGUAUUGAGCACGACUUUACCAUGGGCGUCUAA